AUGGUCGUAAAACGUACUGCGGACAGUGCGGACUCACCAAUUCUGGAGGAAGCCGGCGAGAGCGGCUCCGAACAGAAACCAAAGCCUCUUGUCAAAUAUGGAGAACUUGUAAUACUCGGGUACAAUGGAUAUCUGCCAGCAGGUGAGCGCGGAAGGCGUCGUAGCAAGUUCGUCCUUUACCGACGAACCCAAGCCAAUGGAGUGCGGCGUUCAAAGCACUAUGUGGUCAAGACUCCUCAUAGCAGCAAGGCCAUCCUAGACGCCAGCCAACACUCAAUUUCGUACACACUUAGCCGCAGCCAAGCGGUUAUUGUUGAGUACAUGGAGGAUCCUGACACAGACAUGUUUCAGAUCGGCAGAUCAUCAGAAUCGCCAAUUGACUUCGUGGUAAUGGACACAGUAGCAGGCGACAAGAGCGGUGACACAAAGGUGCUGCAAAGUACAAUAUCGCGGUUUGCAUGCCGCAUAAUAGCAGAUCGGAACGAUGUCAAUAACUGUCGUAUAUUCGCUGCUGGCUUUGACUCUUCGAGAAAUAUAUUUUUAGGGGAAAAAGCAACAAAAUGGACAGAGAACCACGAAAUAGAUGGUCUCACAACGAAUGGAGUACUGAUCAUGCACCCACGUGGUGAUUUCUGCGGCGGUAGCGCCACAUGCGGCCCUUGGCGCGAAACGUCUGUAGGUGGCGCCGUGUUCUCGCUUAGAGAGAGCCGCUCUGCCCAGCAAAAGGGCUUACCUUGCCAAGCAGAGACAAAUGUUUUAAGAGAUGGAACAAUGAUAGACUUAUGUGGAGCUACUUUGCUAUGGAGGAGCGCUGAAGGAUUAAAAAAUUCACCGACAAAACGUGAUCUAGAAGCGUUAGUUGACGAGCUAAAUGCUGGCAGACCACAGUGUCCAGUAGGACUGAACACACUCGUGAUACCGCGCAAGCUGUCCACCGCACACCAGGAUCUCAAUCAGCCCUACGUGUACCUUAACUGUGGACAUGUACAAGGUGAGCACUCGUGGGGUGCGGAGGGCAGCGAGACGGGCGUGCGGCGCUGCCCCAUGUGCAUGACGGCCGGCGUGGUGGUGCGCGUGUGCAUGGGCAUCGAGCCGGCCUUCUACGUGGACUCCGGCCCGCCAACCUACGCCUUUAACCCUUGCGGACACAUGGCUUCGGAAAGGACUGUCAAAUACUGGGCGACAGUGGACAUCCCGCACGGCACGAACGGUUUCCACGCGAUCUGUCCGUUCUGCGCCGCGCCGCUGCAGGGCACGCCCGGCUACGUGCGGCUCAUCUUCCAGGACAACCUUGACUGA